AAUUUCUCUCUCCUCUCUUGAACUUCUUCGGUUCUUCCUGAUGUAUUCUCCGCACGCCCGAAGUCAAUUUUGGUUUUCUAUUUCUCUAAUUUUCACUUUUUCUGCAUUUUUCCUAUUUUAUUCUUUUUCUUUUAUUCUAUUGUUCUUUUUCUCUUCUUCUCUACGCCUGUCUUCUUCCUCGACGACUCCCCUCUCCUCACCGAACGCUCUCCUGCAGCUCCGCUGCGCGAACCAGCACCACCACUACGACGAGCCCUCACCGGCCUUUGAGGCACCGGAUCCACCGUCCGGCGUCGGUCGUUCGGUCCGACCGGCACCGGUCACCGUAGGCCACUAGAUGGCCGGCGGUUUCUAGUAUCACCGGUGAACACGGUAAACAAGAACACAAAGAAAACAGGCGUUGCUCUCAGCCAAGCCAAACCAAUCAGUUUGUUUCAUCGCAUAUCCCACUUUUACAUUAAAAUUACACACUCAAGCAUAUGGAAUACCGAUUUUGCCGAUGGAAUGUCUUAAGUGCUACUAAAGUUACUGUUUUGCUAAUCUUGCAGUUAAAGGCCUUCAAAGACAGAUGGACAAAGUACAGACUCAAGUGGCAGCAGUGGUAAUCAUGGCAUGCAACCGCGCUGAUUAUUUUGAGAGGACCAUUAAGUCUGUCUUGAAGUAUCAGAAUGCUGUUGCUUCAAAGUACCCACUUUUUGUAUCCCAGGACGGGUCUGAUCCACAAGUUAGAAAGAAGGCCUUGAGUUAUGAUCAGUUAACCUACAUGCAGCAUUUGGAUUCUAAGCCGGUGCAAACUGAAAGGCCUGGGGAGUUGAUUGCAUACUAUAAAAUUGCAAGUCAUUACAAAUGGGCUUUGGAUGAAUUAUUCUACAAACAUAAAUUCAGUCGAGUAAUCAUACUUGAAGAUGAUAUGGAGAUUGCACCUGACUUUUUUGAUUAUUUUGAGGCUGCAGCUGCUCUCAUGGAAAAGGAUAAGACCAUUAUGGCUGUUUCCUCAUGGAAUGACAAUGGGCUAAAGCAAUUCGUGCAUGAUCCAGAAAUCCUUUACCGAUCUGAUUUCUUUCCUGGACUUGGAUGGAUGUUGAACAAAUCUACAUGGAAUGAAUUAUCCCCAAAGUGGCCUAAGGCUUACUGGGACGACUGGUUAAGGCUACAAGAAAACCACAAAGGUCGUCAAUUUAUUCGGCCAGAAGUGUGCAGAACUUAUAAUUUUGGUGAGCAUGGGUCUAGUUUGGGGCAAUUUUUCAGACAGUAUCUCGAGCCAAUCAAAUUGAAUGAUGUCCAGGUUGACUGGAAAUCCAAGGACUUGAGUUACCUGAUGGAGGACGAGUAUAUUAGGCAUUUUGCUGCAAUUCUGAAAAAUGCUAAACCUAUUUAUGGAGCUGAUGCUGUUCUGAAGGCCUCUAAUGUACAAGGUGAUGUGCGUGUUCAAUAUAAAGACCAGCCAGAUUUUGAACGCAUUGCCCGGCAAUUUGGUGUCUUUCAGGAAUGGAAGGAUGGUGUACCAAGGACAGCAUAUAAAGGAGUAGUUGUCUUCCGGUGUCCACCACCAAGACGUGUGUUUCUAGUGGGUCUGAAAUCUUUUGAGCUGCUUGGGAUCAAAGGUGUUUGAUGCUUUGAGGUCAGGUUUCAUGGCGCUGGUAAAUCAUGGUGCCAGAAUUUCGGCUUCCUCUUUCCUCCCCAACCCCUAGUGUAACUGGUACAUUAUUAAAGGAAUCGAUUGGGCAUCACAAUCAGAGCUUAAGAUUGCAAAUUCAGGUCAUCAGCCAGGUUUAACCCACUGCUGCUUGCUGAUGAACACAAGUGUAGAGGUCGGAGGAUUCCAUUAGGGAUUCUGAUUUAGGAGGGAGAGGGAGGAUUCUUCUAAACGACAGUGUCCAGUCUAUACCCAUUGAACGGCCGAACCAAAGCUUCAUUAUAAGAGUUUGCCAUAGGUCAUACUAGCAACUUAAUAGCAGGUAAGCUGACAACUUUUUUUGCUCCCAAAGGUGGUUUUCUUCUGUCUAGAUCGCCCCAAAAAAGGUGUGCUUUUCUUCUGUUGUACUAAGGAACAUAUAUGUUUUUUCUCGCCAUUUUCCCCUCGUGUUUUCAUUUCUCUUUCUCCCCUGUUUGGUUGGGUAGGAGCAGGCAGGACUAAUAUGUAGGAGAACCUCUGUAUACAAACAUGUCGUAUCGAAUGCUGCCAGAGGAACUUCUAGUUAAA